UGUGUGCGGGAUGUGUCUUACCGGCGCCGUCUUCGUGCUCUCUGUGCUGUGCGUCGCGGCGUCCGACGAGAAGUCGCAGGAUGUCGCCACUAUGGAACCACCCCCAGAUGUGGAGCAGGACCGCCGUCCUGCGGUUCGCACCAAUAUGCCGCCCCACUCGUACAACGGAUCACCGGCACACCACGACCUUAAGACCUUGGGGUCUUCUGAUUAUGCCUACACAUACUCAGGAGUAAAUGGGGGUUCCGGGUACGAGCAUUUCAGUGGAGGGUCAUAUGAUCACGGAGGCCACCAUGACCACUUUCAUGUUGUAGAGGAUCAUGGACCCCACGAUCAUGGCCAUUAUCAUGAUGAUAAUGAGUACCAGAUCACGUCGAGGGACAUCGCCUUUGGUUUCCUGACCUUCAUGAUCAUCCUCACGAACCUCCAGAGUGCGUUGAUUAACCUCUCCAAGAGCAAUAAUCUUCUGGGUGUCAUCACCUCCCGCAAGCGUCGAGAUGCCUCUAAAUUGUACUCUAUGAGCGAGGUGCCUGAUGGUCCGUUACCUUUUCCAACAAAGCUGGAUGAGAAGAACUGGCUGCUAGUGGAAGACAAGCAGGUGCGUUGCGUGCAGCACAGUGUCUGCGCCACCAACAGGCAACUCGUGAGGGACAUGGGCUCCACUGGCAGGGCGCUGGGACACUACCUCAGUCAUCUGGUGGCCAAAUCUGUGGAUGCUGGAUGGGCAAGGCUGGUUGCAGAUGCUGGUGCUGCCGGACUGGCCGGUGUGGACUGCAGCGUGCUGUACCGCGGCUGUCACGGUCACUUGGACACAGAACCGAACUGAGGGGCACAUAUGGCCUCACACAAGUUCAUCGUAAUGUUUAAAUUAUUCAUAAUUAUCUAUUUCUUGUGUUCAUAGAGAAAUAUGUGUUUUGAAAAUUAAGACAAAUGCUGUCGAAAUAACACAGAAUGAUCAAUUAAAAUGAAUAAUUUGAAGGAAAUAUA